CAGUCUCCUCUCCCAGGAAGGUUUAAAGGAGGUUCUUCAACAAUUGGAAUGCCACUUUACAUGGAUGUUGCAGAAGGAGGAUAUUGAUCCCGAUGAAUUGGAGGAAAGAAUUGUUGAGCAGAUCCAGUUCUUAAGCAGCAAAUCCAAAGUUCAAAAUUACAACCUGCUCGCCUACGUGAAAUUCCUGAAUGACAAGAAGGACGAAGCACUGGAAUACUUACAGAAAGCGGAAGAGGCUGUGCCCGUAGAGUACCCUGGAGAAGUGGAAAAGGAAAGCCUGGUUACGUGGGGCAACUACGCCUGGGUGAACUACCACAUGGACAAUCUUACUGAAUCCCAAGCCUACGUGAAAAAAAUAGAGAGCGUCUGCAAGCAACCUGGAAGCGAGUCUCCUUAUAAGAUGGAGCUCCCACAGAUCUACUGUGAAAAGGGUUGGGCGCUCCUAAAAUUUGGAGGAAAGUACUAUGAAAAGGCCAAGGAGAACUUUGAAAAGGCACGGCAAAAAGAUCCAGAAAACCCAGAAUUUAACUUGGGCUAUGCAAUCACAGUAUACCGCCUGGAAGAUUAUUAUGCAAAAAAACAUUCAGGGAAAGGGUCAUCACUGGAACCUCUGAGGAUUGCAGUAAAACUAAAUCCCAACGAUAUACUUGUGAUUCCCCUUCUUGCAUUAAAACUGCAAGAAACAAACAGAGUGAAGGAAGGAGAAAAGUACAUUGAGGAAGCGCUUAGAAAAUAUCCUGACAUUCCUUACGUGUUAAGGUACGCUGCCAAAUUUUACAGGAAGAAAGGUGAUGUAGAGGCAUCCCUGCAACAUUUGAAGAAAGCAUUAAGCUUGACCCCAAACUCUGGAUUCUUGCACCAUCAGAUUGGGAUUUGCUAUAGAACACAGUACUUUGCAUUGAAAAAAGAAGUGUCAAAAGGCAAAUUCCAACUCAUUGGAGAGAUGUUUGAAUUGAUGAGGCUUUGCAUUUUUCACUUUAAUAAAGUGGUGGAGCGUAAGACCAGGUUUGCCUAUGCUUAUAUUGACCUUGCCAACAUAUACGCAGAACACGGACAGCUAAAGAAGGCAGAUGAAACCUUUCAGAAAGUGUUUGCCAUGAGCAAUCUAACUUCUACAGAGCAGCAACAGCUCCAUUUUAAUUACGGGCGCUUUCAGGAACGUCACAGAAAAUCGGUAGCCAACGCUCUGAAACAGUACCUGGCAGGACUGAAAAUUACAAACAGCUCAUUUGAGAAAAAGAAGUGUGAACGGAGUUUGAAGCAAUUGUUAAACAAGGCAGUUAAGAAAGGUGCAAAAGAUGCUGAGAUAUUUGAAAGCUUGGGAUUCUUCUGCCAACGCACUGGAUUAAAAGAGAAAGCCAUAGAAGCCUUUGAAAAAGCCCUGGAAAUGGAUCCUGCCAAUGAAGAAUAUCUGAGCGCAGUUAUGAACUUGAAGGUUUCCUUAGAGAGCUAAAUGUUUGUAUAUAUUUGGAAAGUAUGUGGUUUUGAAACAUUUUUAGCUUUGCAUUUCAUGCCAUGUCAAAACCCAAACACUUUGCAUUCACACUUGCUUUGAGCUAGAGAACUUACAUUUCUGCCAUGCAUUUUCUUUGAAAGUACUUGAUAGAAGUAUAUUAGCUUCUAAUAAAGUCUUCUGGGGCCCUUCAGUUCCAUUAAAGAGACUGAAUGCCUCAGAGUCUCUAAUGUACGGACAUAGUUAGAAAACAACAUACCAGGAAUAGGGAUUUUGAAUCUUAGGUGUUUAGAUGGCCAUUUCUAUAGUUUGGCACCAUUAGCCACCAUUAAUCCCCUAAACCUCAUCCUCUGGUCAUAGAACUCAUAUAUGCCUUAGGAAAUGAAUGAGUCCACUCAAGCAUUUAAAUUCUAGUUCACCAAUGUCUUAAAGAAACCAUAAAAACGAAAGUUGGCUAAAUGCUUGGAUUGAUGCAUUGAUUCAUUGAUUAUGUGCCAUCAAGUCGGUGUUGACUCUAAGCAAACUCAUAGGUUUUCUCCAUGAUGAUCUGUCCCUACCCUGUUAGAUGGGAGAAGUCAAGUCCUUAUAAAAUCAUCUGAGUUUCCAAAUGAUUGGCACAUGCAGCAGCAACUACAACAAGCCAGAGUUAUGCCAAAAUGAUAAUAGAUGUGCAAUAGCUUCACUGCACAAAUGCCCCAGUUGUGCACUUGUAUCAAGAUAGCGUUGCAUGUUUAUGUCAUCCCGCACUUGUCAGCAUUUGUCUCAGCUUGCUCCCCCUGCAGACUCCCAUGGGGAACUUUAAUAACAUUGCUAUGGAAACAUUUAACGAUCUGAGCUGCCUGCGUGGGUUGGUUUUUCUGUUAGCCAGUGAACCUAAGCACGCUGUACAAAUUA